CUGUGGGAAGAUGGUGGACUUCACGACAGCAGCGUGCUCAAAACUCCGACCUAAAUUCUUACCAUCUCAGCCUGGCGUUCGUUAUAAACUACCCGGGGACAAUCACAGUUAAUACUUACAGAAAACGGAUAACAAGUGAGGUUUUCUCUACAGGACAACCCCCUCUUUCUUUUUUUCCGGGAUUGAAGCCCGCGCGCGGAGAGUUGCAAAGAAAAUUAAAAAAACAAAAAACGUGGUGGUUCACGUGUCCACAGCGGGCGCUGAAGCAAAGUGGAAAAUCGGCGACAUCUUUUCUGUCUUGAACCAACCUGAAGAGUCAAACCACGGGGACAGUUUAGACAGUUUUUGUUUUAUUGUUUUCUUCAGCUGUCAAACUCGAGAGCAGCGGGACGGAAGAGAAAGCUAGCUGUAGCUGCUAGCUUUGUUGUUGUGACCCGGAGCAUCCGACAUGCCGCGGGGUAAAAAGGGGAAACGUGGCUCCAGUAAGCCGGGAUCUCUCCGUCAGGAGGUUCUUCAGCUUCAGCUUUCGGCUAAAGCAUCUCCGAAAGGUGUUAAAAAUGGGGUGAAGGGAGAGUCCACUGCCAGCGAUGAUGAGAUGACCUCUGAUAUUCUCAGCCACUACAGCAGUGCCAGUGAAAGCGCCUCUGUGAUGGAAGAGAGCACAGGGAAUGAGCAGGUGGAUGAGCAGACGGCACAGGAUCAAAUGGAAGACAAACUCAAACAGUGUAUAGACAACCUGAUGGACAAGAGUGCGAAGACGCGUCUAGCAGCCCUGGAGUCACUCCGACAAGCUUUCUCCUCCAAGAUUUUAUAUGACUUCCUAACAGAGAGACGCUUCACUGUGAGCGACUGCUUGGAAAGAAGUAUUAAAAAAGGCGGUGGGGAGGAGCAGGCAGUGGCAGUUACAGUUUUCACCCUGCUGUGUAUCCAGCUGGGGGGUGGAGACGAGGCGGAGGAGGGCUUCAAGGUGCUUCGUCCCAUUCUCACCUCCAUCUUGAUUGACAACAGUGCCAGUAUAGUAGCGCGUCAAAGUUGUGCGAGGGCUUUGGGGAUGUGCUGUUACGUGUCCACUGCUGAAGAAGGAGAAACCCUGGUGAAGUCACUGGCUCAUCUGGAGAGUAUAUUUAUGUCUUCCUACCCCAACAAAGAGGGAACGUUGCCCACACCUAAACCAGGUAGUUCAGGACUCCAAGUGGCAGCCCUGCAGGCCUGGUCGCUGCUGGUCACCCUCUGUCCCGCUUCCAAACUGACUGUGCUGCUGGACCUUCACCUUCCUAAGCUGCUAACGUGUCUUCAGAGCAGCGACGUCAACUACAGAAUUGCAGUGGGAGAGACCAUUGCUCUGCUCGUGGAGUUAGGACGAGAUUUAGAUGAGGAGUUUGAGGUGGAGGACAGUGAAAGUCUGUGUGAAUGUCUGAAGAGUUUAGCCACUGACAGCACCAAACACAGAGCAAAAAACGACAGAAGGAAACAGCGCUCCAUCUUCAGGGAGGUGCUACAUUACAUAGAGAGUGAAGAUUUCGCUGAGGAGAAAAUCCAGUUUGGACUGGAGAAUGUUUACAUUGACAGCUGGAUGAGGAGGAGAAUCUAUGAUGCCUUCAAGGAGAUCCUAGAAUCUGGAGUCAGACACCAUCUACAGCAUAACCCACUACUGCGAGACAUCUUUGGCCUUGGACCCCCCCUCAUAUUGGACGCUACUGUCAAAGCCAACAAGAUCUCACGAUUUGAGAAGCAUCUUUUCAACUCAGCUGCCUUCAAAGCCAGAACUAAACAGAGGAACAAAGUCAGGGACAAACGAGCCGACGUCAUGUAAGGGAGAGAUGAAGGUGGAGUGAAAAACGUAGGCGAGGAACUCCAGAAGCUGCUCUGAUUUGGACACAUGGUGCCUUCAGCUCUUCACCUGUCAGACACAAAAACUCAAACAGGGUUGUUUUUUCUCUCAAAAUGCCAGAUUUAAGAUCAGUGAAUGUUCUUUAGGAUUCCUUGUUCAUUCCAUCGGCAGUCCUCCAUUUUCAGGCCUGAACAGGCUUCUCCAGCUGCCAAAUCUGUUCAGAUUUUACAACCAAUGCAACCUUAAGGAGAAGUGUGUGGUGUUUGUGUUUGAGUGUGUUUUUACAUUGGAUUAACCAUGAAAGGAAACUUUAACAAGAAGAUACCUAAUUAAAACAAUGAAAUCAAAGAGUUAAGAUUGUCUUCUCUGUUUCGAUGUUUUUGGAAAGAUUUCUUUUGUUUUAACGCUGAUAAGUAAUUGUAUUUUAUUUUAAUUUAUUGAGACAACUAUAAUACAUCUUUAAAAAAACUGUUUACAAACACAAUUAUGGGUAAAACUGAGAUUUUUUUCCCCCUUUGUGUAUUUUUAAUGCAGGUUGGAGAGAGAGUUGUCUGAAUUUUUCUGUCUGUAUUUUAGAUAAUCUGACAUGACAUUAUGGAGAUUCAUGAGGUUUAGAUAAUUUAUUCCUGUAAGAAGAAUAAAAUAUAAACUGGCCACUAAUCAGAGCUGCAGAUGACGUGUUUGGUGAUGCAGAUUUUACUGGUAACGUUAACAUUUCAACUUUAUCAUACUGUUUCAGUCUUAUUUCAUAAGCAAACUUAGGAAACACCAUGACCUUUGAAUAAUGUAAUUAAAAGCUGGAUCACCGACACGUGUCACCAAUCUGUCUUAUCUGUAUAUCUUGUGCUGUGGGAGAAACAGACAAAGGGUGGAUUGAAUUAAAUAAAUACUUAAACACA